UUAUUUUGGGUCAUUCGCGUCGCUUCCAACUUGUACUUCGUUUGGAUUUUUGUAGAGGUGCCUUUCUCCUAAACUUGCAACAUAGCAUAAAAUAUAUGUUUUCAUUUUCAUUCACUCAAGAAAGCUGGCGGGUGUGCAAAUGCUCAAUUCAAGUGAAAAUUAACACGAUUUAAACGCAACCCUGAUAAAAUAUUCGUAUUCAUUUAAUGCAAUAGUCAAGGGCCGGUGGGCGCGGUGAGCGGCAAGAGGGCAUAAUGGAUGACGAUCAACAGUUCUGCCUGCGGUGGAACAACCAUCAGUCGACGCUGGUUUCAGUGUUCGACACGCUUUUGGAGAAGGGCAUGCAUGUGGACUGCACCCUAGCAGCCGAAGGACAGACUCUCAAAGCGCACAAAGUAGUGCUCUCGGCAUGCAGUCCCUAUUUCGAGAGUGUGCUAUCUCAACAAUACGACAAGCAUCCAAUCAUAAUAUUAAAAGACGUAAAAUAUGCGGAGCUACGAGCCAUGAUGGACUACAUGUACCGUGGCGAGGUGAACAUUUCACAAGACCAGCUCGCGGCUCUUCUGAAAGCAGCCGAGUCUCUGCAGAUCAAAGGUCUCUCCGACAACAAGCCGUCGAGGCCGCCCUCGCGCCCGCAGCCGACCGCGCCCGCCCCCGCCGUGCCCGCGACCGCGCCGCCCGCGCCCCCCGCCCCCCUGGUGCCGCCGCUCGCCGCACGGACCGCGUCGCCCGCGCCGCUGGGUCGCGACGCGAGCCCCGACAGCCGCGAGGGCUCGCUGAGUCCGUCCCGGCGCCGCAAGAAGGCACGGCGCGGGUCGGGCGCGGCGCACAACGGCGCGUCUCCCCCUCCGCCCCCCGCGCCGCUCAAGGACGAGCUGUCCCGCGCCGACACCCUGGAGGACCUCACGCUGGACGACGAGCACCACGACGACGCGCCGCCGCCCUCCCACAACGACGUCGUGCGCAAUUUCCAAUGGCACAUGGAGAGAUCUCAAGACGAAAUAAUGAACUCGAGUGACAACGCCCGGGAACAGCAAGAGGCCGGCAAGGCGCUGCCGCCGGCGCUGCUGUCGCUGCUGAGCGUGCAGCGCGCGCUGCAGCUGGAGUACGACGACACGGACGACAUCGUGCUCAGCGACGAGCCGCCGCCCGCCGAGCCGGCGCGCCAGUUCGAGUGUCGGCACUGCGGCAAGCGCUACCGCUGGAAGUCCACGCUGCGGCGCCACGAGAACGUGGAGUGCGGCGGCAAGGCGCCCGCGCACCAGUGCCCGCACUGCGCCUACCGCGCCAAGCAGCGCGGCAACCUGGGCGUGCACAUCCGCAAGCACCACACGGCCGAGUGGUGUCUGUACGCCGGCAACAAGAUGCGCCCAGGGUCGACGGGCGGCGGAGAGGACGUGUCGUUCAGCCGCAUCGGGGGCCUGUCGUGGGAGCAGUGGUCGGCGCGCCUGGCGUUGCCGCUGGUGGCCGGGGUGGCGGGGGUGGCGGGGCUGCGGACCCCGGACCCCGGGUUCGCGUGUCCGGACUGCGGCCGCCUGUACAAGCUCAAGUCUUCGUUGCGCAACCACCAGAAGUGGGAGUGUGGCAAGGAGCCUCAGUUCCAGUGCCCCUACUGCGUCUACCGCGCCAAGCAGAAGAUGCACAUCGCUCGUCACAUGGAGAGAAUGCACCGCGACCUGCAUCUCAAACCGGAUCAGUACAUUAAGCAGGACAACGUGGACGCUUGUACCUAGCCCCCCAUCUCGCUCGGUUUGUGUCCCGAUGUGAUCUGUAGACGUAGCGUACCUAGAGAUGAUAUAUCUUGUGAUAGUGUCGCGCCUCGCUCGCGCCCGGCCGUGUCGGGUCCGUCUCUGCGACUAUUGCAUUUAUCCAUUAAGCUAAGUUCGUGAUUUUGUAGUUACGAUUUUACACUUUUAAAAAUAUUAUAUUUUUGUAAAGCAUUUAAUGUGCAAAACGAUCAUUCCUGAAUUUACGAUUAAUUAUAGUUUGAUGAUGGAAUUGUAUUUUUGGUCGUUGCGGUCGAUCCCGCCCGUGCGCGGCCAGCGGCGGGAGAGCCCGCCGUGCACACAAACGACGUAGCGCCUUGUGAGCAACUCGUGUGUCUACAUACAUUAGCUGUAAUAAAACGAAGCUAUUUUCGCUUAGUUAGCAAACUCUAGUUCUUUGCCAUAAAUGCAUGUUCCAGUAUAUUCGUAAUACUCAUAAGUUAAUGUUUUUAUAUCGAUUUUUUUAAUUUUUAGAUCUCUUUACAUCUUAUGCAUUUAUUUUAAUUUAAGAGUACUCUCUGCCGUGUAUGUUGCGUUGCGUGGAUCAAAAUAUAUAAAUAAGUUCCUUUAUGUUGAUUAUGUUUUUGUACUAUUGAUGUUAUAAUAUUUGGGGCCAAUUUAGAAGUAAACUUAGGGGUUAAACAGUGCCUUAGAAAUUUGUUGAGACGGAAAGAUUUUUAUUCACUGCCAGUUAAAGGUGGAUCGUUACUUUAACACGUGAGACUCAAAUCAAUCUUCCACGUAAUCUUAAGUAUUUUAUACACAUUACCAUUUAGAUAUUACUUUAAGUUAGGCGCGAAGGUUGUUCUGUGAAAUUGCUUUUCCGCAGUAAGUUCUCCACUCGACACUCGACCCUCGCUGCGAGAGAGCGGCUUCACAGCGACCGUUCGCUUAGGUUACUGUCCGUCGGAGUUACCAUCAUACAAUCAAAAUGUAUAUGCAGAGUACAACCAUAACAAGUCUUGUCAGUAUAAAACUAAGUGCCUUUGAAACGUUAGUCAUUAGAAUUUAAAUAUUUCAGAUUAUAACUAUUUGAAAAUUACACAUGGAACCAUAAAUGCAAAAAUAUACUAGGUUGUGAUUUAAAAAAAACAAAUCUCAAUGUUCCCGCUCUAGACAUGUCGAAUAUUAUAGAGUAGAUUAUGCAGCAGCUGUGAUAAGUAAUAUUUAAUUGUAAUACUAAUAUUGCCUGGUUUUAUAUAACACGUCAUAUCAUUAAGUAUAGAAUCUGGAGACUCAUUAGACGAAACAUGUUAGUUUUAUAUUUAAAUUGAAUUUUACGAAGUACAAUGUUAUUUGUCACAAUAUUAAAUUUGAAUUUUAGCAUUUAGUAUGAGCGUGUGAUAUAUUUGAAAAAGUUAUUGUUCCCGCCUGUUUUUGUGGCGAUCUUGUUAGUUGCACAAAUAUGACAAGUAUUCUUUUACAAAUCAGUUAAGAAAUGUUGGUUACCAACCUUUUUACAAGUUAGUAAUAAAAACCGUUAUUAAAAUCGGUUAAAGUCAACCUCGCGAAGGUUUAAGAAACAUACAGUAUCAAAUCCGAGUGAUGUUACAAACAAACCUAGUUACUAUAGGAUAAGAAAUUACUAAAUAGAAAUAUUAGUAGUUGUUGUAGUUGAAAUGUAUCAAGAUCAAUAACGAGUUACAGUGAUUUAUUGCAUUUGAUUGUAUUUUAUAACCUUUUUUGUAUUUUAAUAAAGUUGCUAUUCUCGGUAUAAA